AUGGCUAACAUUAAGCAGUUGGAUAUUAUAACAAUCCUAUUGUUGGCCAUUAUAUUAACCGUAUUAAGAAAAUUAUUGUCGGAAAAUAUUUUUAAAAAGUUCUCUCAGUUUAUGGCAUUGAAUCCACGGGACAGUCAAACAUUUGUUGAGUGUAUGUGGCGUUUACUAUACUAUAGCCUAUCGUUUAGUUUAUUAUUCACACAUGUAUUCAUUGAAAUGUCCGGUCAUUUCUUUGACAACAAUACAAACCUAUUUGAAGACUAUAUGAACCAAAGUAGCACCGGUAGUAUACACUCACUAACCUCUAUUGAAUGGUCAAUUUAUAUGCUUGAAUUGGGUUAUUAUAUGCACGCAUUGUAUGCACUGUUGAUAUUGGAUGAAAACCUAAAAGAUUUCAAUGCAAUGCUUACACAUCAUCUGAUGGCUAUAACCAUAAUGACUGUGGCCUAUGCCAUACAGAUCGGAACAAUUGGAUCAGUUAUCUUAAUGUUUCACGACGGCACCGAUAUCCUGAUGGAAACAUCCAAAUGUCUCAAUUGUUUUCGACGUUUGUCCGGCACAUGGGGUCAAGUGACCGGUUUAUUGACUGUCGUAAUGUUUUUGCUAUUUUUUAUUUCAUGGAUAGUGUUUCGUCUCUAUCUAUUUCCGAUAACAAUACUCAAUGAAGUGACAAAAUCAGGUCCACAUCCGGCAAUAUUCUUACUAUUUCUCUUACAUUGGUUACUGUUAUCACUUAACAUCUAUUGGUUUAUAUUUAUUGUCAAAAUUUUGUUAAACAUUACUGAUAUUAAAGACUCCCGACAGCAAACCGAUUCAAACAAAAAACAAAGGAAAGUGACGAAAAUGUAA